AUGUUUCCAACACCAAUCGACACCCCUUCGGUGACAAGGCCGCUAGCUUCAUCUCAUGAGCUCAUGCGACAGUUGGAAACUCGAGAACCCGUAGAUUCUGGUGUGACGAGCUACGAGAAAGCUGUUUCUUGGGGUUCGGCGGCAAAUUCAAAAAAUCAUGAUAAUGAUAAUGAUGAUGAUGAUGAUGACUCGGAUGAUGAUGAUGAUGGUGAUGAUGAUGAUGAUGAUGAUGGUGAUGAUAAUGACUCGGAUGAUGAUGAUGAUGAUGAUUUGGAUGAUGAUGGUGUUACUCCAUAG